UUCAGUCAGCUCCGAGCCGCGAGUGGGGUAAGUUGCGCCGCGCGCCGGCCCGCUGGCCCUUCGCAGAGCGAGGCAACGCUACGAUACUCCGCGCGCGCACCCCUCAUUCUCGUCCGCCGAUAAACGAGGCGUACAACCCCCGGACGAUCGGCGCAUUGUCCGCGCGUCGAUUCAACCGGCGUGGCGCGGCGCGCUCGCGUGAAAAACGGACGAGGUAUCCGUACGAGGAAGUGGAUGCAUCGUGACCAAGAGCGCGAUAUCGCGACCUUCUCCCUGCGAAAGUUGUUUUCGCAUCUAGUUCUCCUCUGGCAAGGGAGAAAUACGUCUCGACGCCGGGGGACUCUCGCCCCGCGACUUAUGACGGCCAGGGGGUGAAAACUGGACCGGUGGUGAAGCCACGCGUCGCCUCGCGUUCACGCGAGCGGGAAGGGCCUUCGUCAUGUUGAGAAUAACGUCACGGUCAUAAAGGAAGAUGCGCCGGCAUUUAGAGCUCGAACAGUUCCGCCGAUCCUUGGAGAUUUCGCACGUUGGCAAACACUGGCUUGCGAUCCUGCGAUGGAUUAUAUUCUCUGACGAAUGAGCGUUUUGCUUUACUGGACCUUGGUCUUCAGGUCGGCUAAAAAAUAAGACGAUAGUUCCACGAGCGAUUCCGAGGAGCAAAACAAGAACACGAAGGAGGCGGCACUUGGACAGAUAAAAGGAAUGAGCUUUCGGUCAACCGCUCGUCCUCCGCCUGACGGAUCAGCGUUCCUUUCGCUGCGAGCACCAUGAAACGGCGCUUUCUCGAAAGAAUCAAUCGUGGAAGCAAUGUGUUUCUUCAGCUACACAUACAAGUGGUUACUUUGCUCGGAGUGCUUGAUAUUCCGCUCUCGGAGGAUAUCCCCCGGCUAUUCCCGAUUCAGCUUCACUUAUCCCAUCGUUCACUCGCGCGGAAAUGGAUAAAUUUUUUCUUCAAAUUCAUGAGUUCCCGCAUUAACAAGAUUUCAAGAGUGGUUGAGGACUGCUAAAUCCCUAGAUAUAAUAAAUACUUUCCAUAAUACGAACGUAAUCGGCCCUGGAUUUUUUUAAGUAAUAAUAAUUCCCGAGGAAAUGCGCGUGAGUCUUAUAAAUAAUUCAAAAACUUCUUUCUCAGUAAGUUUUCCUUCUUAUAUAGUGAAGACAUGUUAAUGGUAUAUGCAGCUCGUCAGCAGCGAGCACGUCUCUACAGUUGUAAAAAAUCUCAUUUGUAACAUUGUGCAAAUCAUAACGUAAUUAUUGGUUAAUAAACUUUUCCCUAGUUGAACUAGUAGAACUUGCCGGAGCUACGCGGUUUUUCGAUGAAAUGCAUUUUCGCGCGCUCUGCCUUUUAUUACAUCGACGUUAAAGAUUUCGUUUUUUGUUUAGACACACGCGAUCGUUGCAGCGUGUAGAAAAGCGAAAAGGCCGAAUUAACGCGCGACGUCGGUUUUUCGGAAUUAAAUUUCCGAUGUCGACAUUGCGCGUUAGAUUUGGAAUCGAAUGGAUCGAGUCAACAUUUUAUUUUCGCAGCGAUGGCCGUUGGUUAUCUCGCUGAUUGACGAUUACGUGCCUUUAGUAUGGAGUUUUUGGUUUUUAUUGGCAACGUUUUCGUUUGCACUGAUUUUUCGUUUCGUCUUUGCGAGGUAACAGAAGAAAUUCGCAUAAUGAGGAGCCACUUUGUCCGACUCAGCGUUGCUCGUUAGAUACGAACGGAGCUCCAGAGCAGAAAUUACGCGUACUCAUUACGACAUUCUCGGCAAACACGAUAAAUUCGUAUGACAAAGGAAAAAUGUGGUCGUAAUUAUUCCGGAAUACAAACAUUGUAGAAUUCUGCACUGUAUAGAAACUUUACGCAUAUCUCUUUCUUUCUCUCUCAUCUUUUUCCAUACCUUCAAUAAAAUUCUACUUUAUUGAAUAAAUUGCGUUUCAUAAAAUGUAUCUGUUUAAUUAAACUUGGUUAUUAUCACACGCACAAAUAAACAUUAAUCGUAAUACGUUGAAAUCCCGAUAAAUAAACUUUAUCUAGAAAUCGGGAUAUUUUCCAGUUCGAAUAUAUCUGUAGCAACACGUUAUAACUUCCGUUAGAGAGAUUAUCCCGUAAGGCAUUCCUGGAAAAUAUUUAGUGCAGAAUUUACUUUGACGAAGCGAUUGCCGGUACAUGUGAUUUUUCAUUUUUAGAAUGAUUUCCUGAUAAAGACGGUACAGGAUACGAAAAUAGGAUUGGUUUAUUUUAGGACAUUUAUAUUACGAGAAAAAUAAUAAAAUAUCAAAGGCAAUGUGUUAUUUUUAAGAAUACUCGAUUUCAAUCGCGUGGUUUUAACAUCAGUUAACUUCGUAUUUUUGUCGUUACUAGAAAAGCACCACAAAUACCAAGAAGAAAAUCUGUGAAAAUGUGAGCUUAAUUUUCAUAUUAGCUUUGCCACGCAAAAGUUUUUCCAACGAAAGAUCAUUAUAACAAUGCGAGAAGUGUAUAUCGUCGCUUACAUAAAUUUUUUAUUUAAUUUCAGUCCCGCGCGCACUUGACAAAAUCUCGUUGGAAACUCGAGGAAGUAGCGAAACAUUAGAGCUUGCUCUCGUGUUAAAAUUUUACUGAGGGACGGCUUUUGUGCCCGGGCCGCCACUUAUGACGUACGCAAAAAAAUCCCUCGACAAAGUGAAAUCGCCGCGUAUUCAUUCCCACGUCCUUUCAUUCUCUCGCGUUCUUUUCGCCGUGUAUUUUUAUUUCGCAUCUCUCCCAGGAAAGUCACGUGCCAAAGGGUUGAAUGAAAUUAUUCUAUCGUCGAGCUCUUUCGGUAUAUUCCAACGGGUAGCGACGGCAACGACGUUCUCGUGUGAGCGUAUCCAUCAUUCCGCCAAUCGUGUAUCGUUAUCUCUCCGAUUCCGACACGACACAAAAUCUUUGGAGCUCAAAGUCCCAAUGGGAUUUUCAGAUAAUCGGUCCCAAGUUGCCUUGAUACGAAUCAGGUUGCUGGUCGGAUUGCUCGAGAGAAGCAGUCUCAAAGCGUUCGAGGGCCAUCGCUACUUGUGAAGUCUCGAUAUAUAGACAUGACUUCUUCGCCCGCGGCUAGCGCGGCUGUCGGCAUUAUCUCGCGCGCCACGUGUAUCUCGUUUAUCCUCGUCUCCUGUCAGGAACCCACUUAUAUCCGUGCCCCGCCUUUCGUGGUACGAGACUCUCGGAAUAAUUUCGUAGGCGAUAGAAAUUGAAACGAAUCGCGGUCGCUCGUGCGCAUACACGGCACCGCACUCCGCGGAAUUGGCAUGAAUUCCGCGCCGUUAAGCUCGCCGCUUCAUUUGCCGGACCUCCCUGCCGGAAGAUAAAUGAUUCUUUUGGAUGCCCAGGAAAAAUGAUAAGAGAAAGAAAGAAGAUGCGAGCCGGAAGGAAGCACGCCGCUUGUCGGAACGGUCGCUGAUCCGUAUUUGGAUUAACGGUGGCUUUACUCUUCAAGUUCCUGUGGACUUAACUCGCGCAACGAUUAUUAUACCGACGGGAUCGUUUGUCUUAAUCGCGCGUCGCAACUAACGUUCCCCAGGUUUUUUUAACACUUUUUUUUCAAGUUACCCUUCUUUUUUCAAGUUGGUCAAUUUCUCGCGCGAGAUUAUUCUCAGCGCCAAUCACGGCCGUGAUAAAUAUUUUCGUAUUAUAUCACGAAGAUUUAAUAGUGCAGGUGAUUAAUUACGUCGCCUUUAAACUCUGAUACCAAAUUGUUAUAGAAGCCCGAAUUGAUUGAUGAAUGUCCAAACGAGACUUUACGCAAAUUGGUUUACUGAAAUUAUUUUCAUUUACAUAUAAACAAUAUUGUUUUAUAAUUGACUGCUGUUCCGUGUCAAUAUUUGAGAGUCGAAUAAUAUUCCACUCUGGCACUAUAAUGUACUUCGCAGUCGAAAGAUGCUUCGAUGUUUGGUUAUCCUUCAUCGCACGCCGAUCUUAUCUGAACGCUAUUGUUUGAUCGAUAAGUCUUUGUAGCACGCCUGCCGCUAAUUAAUUAUCGAGUAACUAUCGGCAAAGACAACCGCAAGAUCGGAUCUCAAACAUUUGCUGGUUUCUGGUUCGUUGCCAAAAGUGCUGGCUAGUCCAGGCGAUAUUAAUCGCAACGGCAGUCUAUCGCAGCUAAAGUACCUCGACGUAAGAAGCGAUUCGGAGCACGAACGUGGCAAAUAUCACAAUCAUCAUUUGCGCGCACUCCCGCGCACAUGAUACAUCAGCUACACCGUACGCUUCGAGUGCAUUUCACUCGGAAGCCUGAUUGUCUGCAUUAACCAUUCAACAGCCUAAGAACUCGAGCCGCAUGAGUUGAGUUUCGCGUAGGAGAAAGAGCGAUAGAAAAAGAGAGAGACAGAGAAAGAGGAAGAGAAACAGAGAAUUCGGAGAGAGCUAUGAGCCAUGCUACCCCUAUUGCAAGCCCACGUCGCGGACUUCAAUCUUCGUUAACGCCGUUCCUCGUUCCUCCAAUAAUUCACACGUCUCUUCAGGCACAGGGGUAGCAUGAUGUGGUAAUUACGUACUGUGAGAUUAGGCCCUAAUGGACGCGUGCGCGAGCGUCCAUGGAUCGUCUCUCGCGACUGCUGGAUGCGCGAGAUUAAUAUUCGCGCCACGAAUUCAGACGACACCAUGAUUCCAUACGUCGCUGUUUACGGUUGUACGAACGGUUCGUGCUAGGUGGCCGUAACCGACUUGUCGGACGAGUGAUAUAUGGCGCGGCCUAUACAGGGCAGGGAGAUGGAAAGACGAAGGGCUCAGGGAUCAGCCCGUCGAAGUAUCGCAACAAGUAAUUGACCGCGCUCCGCUUGUCCCGAUUAAUUAACUUUCAAUACUCUAUCGUUCUGGUCACGAUCCCCGGCAUUACGGUCGUUUAAUGUAUGUUUCCCGGAGACAUCCAAAUACCCCUCGAUAUCCUGACCUUCUUCCCUUUAUUUCUCUUUUCUUUUUAAUUUUAAAGCGAGCGCAGGUCAAUGGAAUUUUUUUCGAUGAUAUAUUAAAACAUCGUUUUCCCGAGCUCCGUUUGGUUUUAUUGCAAUUUUAUUCGACGUGCUGCGCUCCCUUCCUUGAAAAAAAGCUGGAGGAACGCAAUAAAAAUCUCCCUUACAUCCAACGCAUCCUCCCACGCCUACUCCCACAUCGGAGCGAAACACUAACAAUUUCUAAAGACCGCGUUCGCAGCGCGUUCUCCAUGCCGUUCCGUUAAUUGCUCGUGAUAUUUAACGCGUACGAAUAUUUAGUAGAUGUUGCUUGCCGGUUUAACCGUACGAGUCAUAAACGCAUUACUGAAUUCAAAUCGUUAACUACUCUAUUGUUUAGUAUAAUUACAAAAUAUUUCCGUGUUUAUAACAUUAUUAUAUCUCUCCUCCUAUUAGUAUUACUAUCAACUCGUCUCAAUUGGAUAUUUCAGAUUUUUGAUAUUUCUUUAAUUGGUCUAUCCUAAAAAGAAAAGCAAACAAAAAAACGUAUGUUUAUUAAUUGAUUUUUUUACAGAAAAUCUGAAUCGCGCAUUGUAGCAUCUUGUUAAAUUACACAUGGGCUAUAGGUACCCUUUGUUAUUGUGGAGCAAGAAUAUAAGCUUCUAAUUCUGAUAUAUUAUAUAGUCGACACUAGUUGGCCCGUUCAUUCUAUAGUCCAUUAAAGCAAUGCUGUAUAAACUCUUAGUUAAUUUGGGUAUGACACGUGUUAUCGUAGAAUGUUGACGCAUUUGUACCAGCAUAUAGCGCCCUAUCCGAUGUUAUUAAUUACGACUCGCGUUACGCAAUCAAUAUCAAUAGCACGUUAAUUAAUUGAUUACCCUUGAAACUUGCGUGUGGCUUAACCGUCGACGUAAUUGCAGUCCACCGAGGAAAAUACCGACAUUGAUAACGCAGGAUAAUCUCGCGACGUGAGUUGCAAACUUGAUGUAACGGAAAUGGGGGGAUGGAGAGAGAGAGAGAGAGAAAGGUUCUCGUGUGGGCGAUAAAACAACAAGCGCAUGUCACGACGAUUAAAUGUCAGCGAAAUAUAUUUUCAACGCCUCGCACUCACGCGUACUAGGGCACAUUCACUGAAAGUUGCGCGAACGGGUCGGGUCGGGUGUGCGUGAGAUCGUAAUGCUGUUGACAGUUCACUUUGGGAGCACUGAAUUAUGAAAGCCGCAUUUUGAAAUUCUAUUGUCCGUUGUGUGCCUUGCGAUUAUAUUCGCAGCAGAUAACCGAGCGGCGGUUACUCGCUACCGAGAGCAGCACAACUCCAACAUUCUUCGUUGAAACUUUAAGCGUGACGGAUUACGUUUACGAAAGCCGUGGAUCUCUACAAGAAACGUUAUCUCGUGGAAAUGCAGGCGAGAGACUUCGCGCAUCUCAAGAAUGCGUACACGGACCGAGGAUACGUGCGGAGUGAGGGGAUGGCGCCGUGAUGUUACACCGAAGCGCUUCGUCGCGACGCCGACGAGCGUCGCCAAGCGUAGCAAACUCGAGCCAGCCGGCAGGAGCGCCCUCGACGAUGCGAGGUCGACGAGCGAGCGUUGCCACCGAGAAGCCCCUCGUCCUGCCAAGCAGCCCUGGCGGAACGAUGGAGAGGCAGCGAUCGCCGAGGGGUAGCGUAGUGCCGAAUAUCGCUUUGGAUACCGAAAGCGACUCCCCCGACGAGGGAGUCUGUCGCAGGAUCCUGCCGGAUCCCGAACAGUACGGCACCGGUCGGAACUCGUUGGUGCCCGAGGCCAGUCGUAGUCCACGUAAUUCUCUGAUACCUGACGAUUACUGCAGGAGCCCGCGAGGCUCCCUAAUACCGGAUUCCAACAGAAGCCCGCGCAAUAGUUUGGUGCCCGACGCGGCGCGGUCACCACGCGCCAGCCUCACUCCGGAAGUCUCCCUAAGUCCGCGUCACUCCCUGGUGCCGGAUUCGAUACUGAGCCCGAGGAAUUCCCUAGUGCCGGACGUAGCCUACAACCGAAGUCCUCGAAACAGCAUGGUGGUGGCCAGCGCCUCCAGGACUUCCUUGAUACCGGAGAACGGCAACGCAAUCAUCGCAAUCGCCAACCGCAGCCCCAGACACUCAUUGAUACCGGAUUCGUCGAGGAGUCCACGAGGCAGCAUGGCGAACCUAGACUUCGAUCGAAGCCCACGUGGCUCGAUCUGCCCGGAUGUGCACAGGACACCCAGGGGUAGCAUCACGCCUUUGGAGGUUGCAGACAGAAGUCCGCGCGGUUCGAUAGCCUCCGAGUGCCUGAAUCAGAGUCCUCGCGGUUCCAUCGUGCCCGAUCCCAACAGAUCGCCCAGAGGAUCGAUAGCACCUGAAUCGAAUAGGUCCCCGCGCGGUUCAAUAUGCCCAGAAAGCAACAGAAGUCCGAGGGGAUCGAUCGUACCGCACGAUCAGACGAAUAGAUCGCCACGAGGAAGCAUAGGUGUAAACGACGUCGAAAGACAUUCGAGAGGCUCGCUCGGAGCGAUCGAUGACGAAAAUAGGAGUCCCAGAGGAAGCAUUGGGCCUGACGGGAUAGACAGGAGUCCUAGGGGCAGCCUUGGAGGUCAUCAGGAUAGAAGAGCACCGAGGGGAAGUCUAAGUCUGCAGGAUCCUAGAAGAGCCUCCGCGGAUCAGGGGAGCACGAGAAACCGGAGUUCUUCGCCUUAUCGUCAAAGGGAAGUGAGCUCAGGAAGUGUCAGAUCGGGUGGAAGCGGCGGCGCACAGGUCAAUCUGGGAUACGGGACGAAUGCCUGGGUCGACUCCAGGCGAGCCAGCAGCUCCGUUUCGCAGCUCUCAGGCGACGAGUCGCGUCGACUCUGUGCUAGCGGCGUAAAGGCCCCUGAAAAGGGAGAUGCGGAAGCUGCGAAUCUCGGUGUGGCAACCUACGGCUCGGUCGUGUUUCAGCUGAAGGACGCUCAUCUCGAGGCGACCGGCAUCUGCGAUUUUGUCUUUCGCGCAUUGACAGUCAUCAGCAAAACGAUGACGUUCACCAUAUGUCUGACCUGUCUGUCCACUGUGCCUAUCUUGAUGUUCAUCUUUGGUGUGCAAUUCAUCAAGGAUUGUCCGAUAGAGCCAUACAUUCCCGUGUACAUGUUGAUUGGAGGAGCUCUGGGUGCCGUGCGUAUGAUCUGGGCGCUUUAUUCGCAAAUACGAUCCCGCAGGCCGGAAGUCCUGUCCGUUCCCGCUGCCAGAUCACACGUCUCGCCUAUGAAAUUACUCUCCAUAGCUUUAUCGUGCUUCCUGGUCGCGUGGUUCGCUUUAGGACAUUAUUGGAUACUGCACAUAAAGUGGCCGGAAUACGAACUCUCGUUGUACGCGCCAAAUAGAUGGUGCCACAAGACGCUCUAUAUUUUUUCUUUGGUGCAUCUAUGCGUGAUAUACGCGGUUUUAUUUGUGAUACUCAUGGUGGCGGUCGGUCUGGCUUUCUGCAGAAUUCUGGAAUGCCCUUUACCAGAAAGAUAUAGAGAGCGACAAUUCCAAUCAAGACUAGUUCUCCUAAAAAUUUUCAAAAUAGGAUAAUAGCGUAGACGUCAUACGAGCUUUUCCUUGGGAAAAUAUGAACGCGACUCAUUAUGAAAGUAACGCGCGGUGUUGACCCAGUUCCUCCGCGGAAUCGACGAUGGAAACUAUUUUACGACGGCGAGCGACGACGAUGAAACAAUUUUUUUUUAUCUUACCUGUCACCGCGUUUCAAUUUACGUAUAUUACAACACUCGAUAUAUUUGGAGGGCUGAGGGUUGCGCGGAUCGCAUAACGUGUGUGGAGUGUAUAUGAACGCGCACCCGAUCAAGUUUCUAUAGUCAACAGGCCGAAAUACCGCUCGGAGGCCGUGUUGCAUGUUCAACAUGAUAACGACGUGAUUACGACAUUCUCACCGAUUAUGAGGGAUACGUGAAAGACUUCGCAAAAAAAAACCGAAUAUAAUGUCAGUGUAUCGCGACUAAGUCAUUUAUAUUCCGCGCGCGCGAAUGACACACGCGAAAAAUGCCACAAAUGGCUUGACCUGUCGAAAUCACGUUAAUCUCCCCCGUCAUUGCCGGCAAAAAUGUAUAAUUCCCGAUUAUCGAUACGACUUCGAUAACACUUCCCACUCGAUCUAUGUCAGACCGUCGACAUUAAAAUAAGAUAAAGUAAACUUCACAUAUAUGUGUUAGGGCGGCGCGAACACCCGCGGUCGAUAUCACACUCACGCUCCAAAGUGCGUCCGUUCUGCUCGACUUUCAGAUACAAAUAACCACGGCGAUCUGUUCGCCAGAAUAAAAUCCGCGAGAAGAAGAAGAAGAAGUUGAGGGCCGGCGGUAUAAGUGGCGGCUGGCGUCUAGACAGACGCAAGGUCCUGGAGGAUUUAGAGGAGGAGGAGGAUGACGACGACGAGGAGCGGAGCGGUGAUACCGAUACGAACGGGGACAAUUUCGGUAACAAGAUCGUGCAGGAGGUAAAGUACUGCAGCAAAGUGCAGUUUCGCGCGCCGGAUAUCAUCGAGCUGUGAUGAAUGCAAGCGAUGCCGUAUGGAAAGGAAAAGGAGGUGCCUCGCUGUCGGCGACGGAGGAAUUCUGGGACCCGAGAGGAAACGUCGGCAGGUGCGACCCGUAAUCUCGAAAAGUUUCCCGCGAUAACGAGGAUGCCGGCCGCGGGGACGGAAUUCGCGAUGGGGGCGAAGCGGACGGGAAUGGCAAAGGGAGCACGGAUAACGAGGUCGCGAAAAGGAAAAUGCUGCCAGAGAUCGACAACGACGAUGACGACGAUGAUGACGGUGUAUCAUUUUCGUGAAUAAUCGAAGUCGACACGUGCGAGACUCUGGAACGGAGUCUUCGCAAUUUUCCGCAGAGGGAAAAUCUACGAGUCACUGGAACGCCGAGGAUCGGAGAUCGUGGGGAAAUUAACCGUCAGAGGAUAAAACGAAGACAAUGAAAUCUACGGGAGCGCGUAACUGCGACUUGAUUCCAAUUAAUGUCAUUUGUUUCAAUUAUUUCAUGGAACAUGGGAGAGAAGAUAAUGCAGUAAUUUAACGGCAAGCUCGAAGCAGCGUAUUACACGUGGGAAAAACGAAAAAUCUCCAGUCAACGACCAAUACUCUUCAAAUAUAAAUCAACGUGUUGGUAUUAAACUAGUUUUGUUCUCUUUUCAGUUUCGAGAAAAUGUCAGUGAUUCGAGAACUCGCAUAACUUCAUGGUGGAUUUAUAGCUGCACAUGUAUAGAAAAAGAAAUCUGCCGAAGAUAGCGACGAAAAGAAACAGAUUGAAACUUUUAUCUGCGAAAGAAGAUUACGCGAAGAUUGUCUGUAAGAAUGAUAUUGGAGGAAGUGGAGGAAGCUCGUCUUUGCUAGAACGCAGGAACAAGGAAUAUUUGUGAAAGAUUUUGUCCUUGAAGCGCCGUGGCUCGAGUGGUGUCUCAGCCGCGGCUUGACGAAGAAAUCGAUAUGGAGACCUCCACGUGGCUUUCGUAUCAAAACAAGGAUCUCUAAUUCGCUACUCCGUUUUUUUGCGCCAAUUAAACGCAGGAAUCGAAUUUUAAGUGCCACGUGAAUGGCCUGAUCGAAUUAGCAUAGCCAAGCAAUAUAUUCUCCUGCUGAAAAUGCUCGGGGUAUUCCGGGGUGCUUUAAUGCCGAACCGCCGCCAGUAAUUGCCGGAUUCGUAGCCAUCGAUCUUCCAUUUCAUUCGCCCGACAACGACGAAGCCUACUGAAGCCUCUCUCUUGUUUUUACCCAACUCGCAGCGAGCACACAAGCGAAAAACAAAGACUAUUUCCUCCUGUUCAUGCGUAUAACUUCGAAAAAUAGACGAGUAUUUCUAAACGAUAUUAUUCCACGAGAUUCCUCAACAGCUGGCAACCCGAGACUCGACUUUCAUUACCUCCCACGCGGUUCCGCCCCCGCGGGAAACGCGUCGCGUGACAAACCCUCUGACAAAUCCCGUUUUCCAGACCGCGCCAAGUUGAGGAAAAUCCUGCGGAAACCCUUGCAACUGCAGUUUUACCACGGUGUAACGUCUCUCGCGAAGAUGCGGUUCACCUAAGUGCGAAGAACUCGUGACUUCGUGCGGAAUGCCAUGUUACUCACUCCGAAGGAGCAGAAACUUCGCACGGGGAAGAGAAGACCGCCGCGAGGGAAUCACGAAACCGAGUAUCGGCUUAUCGAGCGACGACAAUGACGACGUGGACGACGACGACGACGACGACGACGACGACGACGACGACAACGUGUUCCUGCCGGCCAAUUCAGCGCGCAAAUCCGCUUCAUCAAAUCAAGUCUGGCGAAAGUAGUUACAGUGACUGCGGCAACUGCGUUCCUCUGUUCGUUCAGUGACGGAAGUGAUAUCGAGAUUCUUUGUCUCAGUUAAUCGAUAUUCUUUCUAGCGUGGGUGAUACUCGUCCGCGUGCGAAAAAUAUGGAAUUUAACGCCCGGCUCGCUAACGAGAAUACAGCUGCAAUUUGUCUCGACGUGUCAAAGUUUCCGAUCAUUUCUCGUUAUCUCCCGGUAAUAUCGACGUCGGCGGAAGGUAAGUGAAUCUGAUCAACGAUGUUUCAAUACAGGGUGGAAUGUAUAGAGUGAAGAUGUAACGUUAUACCUUAUCCCUUUGACUAUUCUUCUGAAAUCGUCUUCGAAAAACAGCAAUUUCUCGAAUCACUCUUCUUCCACGAAAAUGUAGAUAAUUUCGACACUGGAGAGGCAUUCUCCAUUUUUAUCUUUCAUAUAAAAAUAUAAUACAUGUAAUUUUGUAACGCGAAUCUUCGUACUUUUAUGCGCUCCACCCUAUCCUUUACGCUAUCACGUUCAAGUCGAUCUUUUUGUAGCCGCAUUUAACAUGAAAUCUGUCAGAAUAUGCAGAACGGAGAAAGCAUCGGGCAUCAGUUCUAAAAAGGAACCAUCUAUUUGCUGCGUGCUAUCGGCUAUGUAAUGUUCCAAUUGUAAUGCGAUCAAAUGAUUAGUUAGCAUACUCCGCAUCGCGGACGGAACUUUUCAACCAUCAAAAGCAUUUUGUUACAAACAGAUUCCUCGUGCAUUUUUACUGAAACCAUCUGCGCACACAUACAAAUGCAUGCAUUCACGCAUACUACUUUUUUACAGACAUUUGUACCGUCGCACGUGAUGUUGUUCUCAGAUUGUCACCGUUCCCGUUCUUGCUCUUCGUAUUCUACGGAAUAGUAAUGUAUAAUAAAUAGUACAAUUCUCGCGCGAUGCUGUCGCUCGUGGAGAAAUACAGCGCAAUCAAGAUAAAUAUUAACGAGCCAGGUGAUGAAGCGCCCGACAUCCUCGCUGGAGCUUCGUUGUUGGAAAAUUUCCGGAUUCUGUAACCGCUAUUUCCGAAAAAGAAAAUCAUUUAUCAAGCGUUCCGAGGAAGGAACGAUUCGUACGAUUUAGGGCACAAGUGCGAGGCUUCAGUUGGUAUCGGGCGAGGGGAGAUGUAUCUAUCGAUCGUUGAUUUUAUGGAAACGAAUGGAACAGCAUGGUGAAUCGAGUCAAAGCCAAACCUCCGCCUCAAAUAAGUGAUAAGGCAAGCAGAAGGGUUAGCGAUGCGGGUUAAAUUGAGGGAAAGUGGGUCAGCGAGCGGUAAAAGUGCGAUUCACCCUGCGAUCUCUUUUCACAACUACUAGGUACGUGGGAAACGUCGACAUUACGAAAAUUGUCGUCCAUUUAAUAAAAUGGUGCGCGUGCAAACGCUAUUGAGCGAUAUGAGUGCUCAGAAAUACACCGCAACCCUGGUCAUAAAGGAAAUUGACGACACAGAAUUUCAAGAAAAAUGUAAAUUCCGAGGUUUUAUUCUCGAAAACUUAUUUUGUCAAUCCGUAGAUAUUUUUUAAAUAAACAUUUAUUAUUUAGAUAUUUUUUAAAAUAAAAGAUCCGUUUUAAAUAAACUUUACAUUUUAUGAUCAGGCUGACGGUGUGUUUCGUUCCGUUUGCGUUAAAAACGUAACGCAACAUCUUUUCGAAAAAAACGCUACAUCCUGCGUGCAGAAUUCGAUCCAGGCGUCGUUUCUGGUACGACUGUAACGUGACUAGUUGUGUUUCAAUGCUCCCUUGUAAAACGUAUUCAAAGAUACAAAGACAGAGGACAGAGAAGAGGAAAGGAACAAUGCGUCAAUUAAAUCAGCACAUCAGUAAGUUUCGCUCCAAGUAGAAUGCAAGUCUCGCAAGGGCCAAGAUCUUUCGUACGUACACAGUAGAUACCAAACAGCGACUGUAGCAUGUAAAAAUUGAAAUGAGGUACAGCUUUGAUAACGAUUUUAAAGCAAAUGUGAAUCUGCUGUCAAAAUGUCAACAUUGCUGUAAAAAAACAUGCAUUUUUUCGCGCAUAUCUCUGUAUGUGUGCUAUCAAGUUGAGUGUUAUCCAUUUUAUCAUUUUCAUCCAAACAUGCAAUCUAAACAUGUCAGCAAAUAUGCAUUGUUCUUUGAACAAAUAUAGGAACUAGUGCAUAAACGUAUUCAUGUUUUAUCAAUCAAUGUGUAUCCAUUAUUUUUCAUAUAAGCCUACAGUCGCUGUACUGAAUUGUUCGAAUAACAGCGGGACACAAACGCUUCUUAAGCCCACAGAUACAUUUACUGAUAUAACAGGCAUUGUGCGUGUAAAUAUAGAUAUACUCGCGUAUAGAUAUAUAUGAUAGUAAUAGUAAUCUCUCUGAUAUAUAAAAAAUCUGACCAAGCGCAGCAAGAUAGGCGAACUGCGGAAAUGACAAUGUUUCGUAACGGCCAUUAAUUUCGCUUCAGAUUACAUCGUCCUUGCGUUGGCACUUGCGACUGGUUCGGAAACGGGUCCAUACUUUAUCAUUUAUACUAUACGAGGAAAUAAUGCGAUGAUUGUGCCGCAAUUAAGGCUGUAGCUCAGCUCGUGAGCGUGCACGCGACCGUAAACUAAAUCUUCACUGGAAACGCGCUCUUUCCAUUGGAUAUUUCCAUACUCGUCAUUUAUUCGUUUACCGUUAUUUCAACGAGGGAGAAUUCCAUUCGAUUUGCAAUCGAAUAUCAGGAGAAACGGGAACAUACUUUUUUAUUAUCCUUUACUUUUCACACGUGCAAUUAUCGCGUGUAAAAUAACGUUAAUAAAAUCAACAACAGAAUCUAGAAUGAUCACUGAUAUUAACAAUUAACAACGUGUUUCCCGUCAAAAGAAGAACUCGGAUUAAAGCAAGAGUUCACCGAAAGCGUGAUUCGCUUGAUUUGAAAAAUGUGUGUGCACAAGCAUUUGAACAAAAUAUCGCUGCUGUCGUUUCUCUUCAUGAGAAAUAUUCGCGAUUUCUGGUAAUAAGAUUAAAAAGUUCCCGGAAUUAUGUUGUAAUACCACUGUGCUAGACGGGGUGGUGCAAAAGUUUCGAUGUGAUUGUGACAGAUGGUAAUUAAAUUGGGGUUUUGUCCUUUCUACGUGAAAAUAUGAUUUUUAUCACAUGUAGCUGGUUUCGUAAAAAACAACGACUUUAUUGCACACUUGAACGUGACAGCUACGACAUAAAUCAUGCGAUGGUCAGAAACACGUGCUUAUACGUGUGAAACUCGCACGUAGCUACGAAAGCUCGAAAUAAGUUUGAAUUUAGUGACCUAAUUCCGAAUGGAAACCAAUAAGUUUGAAAUAAAUUCAUCGAGUUUCAUUUACAACGACUAUAAAAAGGUACAUUAAUGCUUUUUCUUACUAAUAUGGUAUAUAGUUCUCUUUAAUGAUAUGAUGAUUAUCAUCUACGUCACAUUCUUUUCUCAAAUUUAGGAAAGAUAUUUGCAUUUCAAUAUUAAAGUAUAAUUUCUUGAUAACGGAAACUUAAUGACCGCGCGAGAUGGAUUCAAAUCACGCGAACCAUGCAUCGAGAAUUCAAAGUUUCAUAUACUCCAUGUAAAAUAAUAUAAAUUAAACAAUAUGCAGAGCACAUUAACGAUGGCAGAAUCGAAAUAAAAUACACUUUUUAAUAAUACACUUCAUUACUCAUUUCUAUGUUCGUGAUAUAUGUGCAAUCAGCGCAUGUGAUCGUUCUUAGUUAACAAACGUACAAACGUCAACGAAUGGAAAUCCGUAAAUAAAGGAAAAUUACAGCGAGUCAUGGAGAUACCAUUGACCCGUCCGCGAUCUACAAUACUUGAUAGCUCCCUUCAUCGCGAUUUUGGAUCGUCUGUAAGGUUUGAUCAUCGACCAUACGGUUUGUCGUGCGAUCAUUAUGUAUUGUACGUAUCAUUGUAUGAGCCACUGUGUCGUCGAAUAACUAUCUGGGUUAUCUACAACGCCAUUCACGCAGUGUUCGUCCGGUGUCAAUGAUGGUGUGUGUGUGUGUGCGUGCGUGCGUGAAUACAUAUAGGUGUGAUACUGUCAAUAAUGAUAACGCCAGAGCGACAGGUACCUUGAAUUUUUGAAUUUAUUUCGCGAUAUAUUAUUUAUACAUUGUGUAUUUAAAAGGUGUAAAAAUUGUUUUGCGUUUCUGUCACGAUUAUUAAAAAAACGUGUAUAUUCAUUUUAGAAAUAAUAUUUUUCGCAUAGCGAAAAUUUCACAGAUAAAAUUAACGAGGAAUUGGAAAUCCUUGUUUUUUUUCGGUUGGAAUUAUUUCUGUGUUUAAUAAUCGAUCGAUUGAUCCUGUGGAGCGAGAGACGAUGAUUCAGCUUCAACAUAUCAUAUUUAUUCCGUUGAUACUACAUCGCACAGCAUUUUCUUACUACAUCAACGCAUUUUCUCGUCCUCGUCUAUGAACAAAUCUAUUACGAUGCCUAAGCCGAUAAUUAUAAAACAGCGAGACAUAGGGUAUAACGAUAUAUCGACUAGAUGAUAGCGUGAUAAGAUAGAUUUUAGCGUGAUAAUCGUGCGAACGCAGCGUAACUUUGUACUCGAGGACGAAUCGGCAGCGGGACUAUGUGAUAACCGUACGUACACGUGUAAAUACAUACAUAUGUAUAUAUAUUGAGUGAGCAACUUGGAACACCACCGAGAUAAAAUGCGAAUCUCGACACGAGAUCGCAAAAAUCGAUAGUCCUCUCCUCGAUUUAGCGCCGCCUUAGGAUGUAAGUGAUAAGUCGUCGAUUAAUAAUUAUGUUGUUAGCUGUACUGUUGUGAGAUGUCGUUGAAUUUCCUAGGGGAUAGAGAGUAGAGUUUAUUUAUUUUUAUACUGGACGCCAGACGCACGAUGCACACCGAGCAUCCGCUGCAACUAAUCGGGUGCCCGGGAUGACCGUAAUUAACGAGCGCAAGGAGCGUUUUUCGGUUACUUCGAGAAUUUAUUCGCGCGCGAUUUAUCAGUUUCCCCCGUUGAUUUUCACAGAUUAAAUGCAAAUCGCUUCUGACGCCGAUUACCGUUAAAAAGUGCAAGGGAAGGAAGCCGUGUAGGCCGUCGUUCCACCAUUUAUUAACGCAUCACGCCCGAGCUGCGAAACGAGUGAACGGUAAACGCGCGCGGAAACGGUGUGCGGUGAACGGUAUUAGCGUUAACAAUAACGCGUACGGUCGAAACGCGAUACGAUAUCAAUGGUAUUUUAUCCACCGCCGAGUAAUUCGUCGGACUGUGCCCGGUAUCGAGCGACGGUAUCAUUUAGAUUCGAUCCGCGAUAUCCCGUGCCGAGCGUCGACGUGACAGAGAUAAAUUUUUGCCGGGCACACCGCGCUAUGUGUUUUAGCGAUACGUAUGUACGUGUUUUUAGCUGUUAGGAUUAUUUGCACGCGCCAAAGUCGCGAAUUGUGGUCCAGGCUUUAACGUAGAGUUUACAAUCAAUGCCACGCAGAUCGAUCUCGUUCGCCGCGACUGCGAGACGAGACGUCUCGUGCACGUAUCUUUCGAUCGUACUUUUCUACAUCAUUUCCACGCCUCUCCGGAAAACUUAUGGUUGGUCGCUUUGGUCCAAUUCUGUAGUUACAUAUCUAGUGUCUCUCUUAUCCUCUCAUGAGUCUCGCGUGCGCGACAGUGGCGUAAGUCGGGAGCAUAAAUCGCGCGACAGGUGCGCGAACUUUCGAAAAAGAAAUUUCUGUGAGAUUCAUGUGUUGUGCUAUUGCACAUUGAGAGAUCGGAUAUUUGUUGAUAAAACGUAGCAGUAUUUUAAAAUUUAACAUUUGCGUUAGGAAGGAAGACGUUAUUUUUAAUGAUUCCAAGAGAAUUGUUACAUAAAUAUUAUAUGACAUAUAUUACCGAGAAUAUCUCUGUUAAAUUUACAUGUUAAAUUUAUAGCGUUAAAA